AUGCCUUGCAUCAUGGGUGUCUUGAAAGCAUGGUGGAAUUCGAUAUUAGCAAAGAAAUUGCAAUCGUGCAUAGUGUCCACACCUUGGUUUAUGCCUACUUGCAUCGUGUCUUGUCAGCAGCUCGCACCGAGUGCAGUUUCCUGGCUGAAAGCCGAAGAGUGCGUGUGCAUAUGCAUGCUGCAAGCAGCCCGCAUAUCUGCCCUUGGCAGAAUUACCAGCUCCCCGCUGCCUUCUAUUCAGUAUACCCUCCUUUUCGCCUCUACUUACGCUCCUUCUAAUCCAACCUUCGUUGCUAUUGAGCAUGAAACCACUGCUGAGGCUCUUGCUAUUGGCGACUCAAACCCGGCUCUGUUUUCCAAGCGUGAUACCAGCGCGUGUCCUGGCUACAAGGUUGUCUAUAAGCAAGACACUGCGACUGGAUUCGCUGCAUCACUCACGCUCGCCGGCACGCCCUGCAAUGUCUAUGGCAAGGACAUCAGCGACCUGAAGCUCGAUGUGCGCUACGAUUCAAAAAACCGCCUCCAAGUACAUGUGCAGGACACUGCUGGCAAGCAGUUCCAGAUCCCCAGCUCAGCCCAUGCUUUGAACAAUGGCCCCGGCGUCAGCAGCAGUGGCAGCAGCUUAAAGUUCAACUACUUCCAGGACCCCAAGAACGGCUUUGGCUUCAAGGUGUCGCGCGGCAAGGACACGAUUUUCGAUACCACCGGACACCCGCUGAUCUUUGAGGAUCAGUACAUCGAAGUGACGUCCAAUCUGCCCAGAGAUGCUAACAUCUACGGUAUCGGCGAGACGCCCGACUGGUUCCGGCGCAGUACAACCAACAACACUAAAACUCUAUGGGCCCAUGAAGCCUCUUCCAUCCUUGGCCAGAACGUCUAUGGCUCGCAUUCGAUCCACAUGGAGCUGCGCAAUAACAAGUUCCACGGCGCUUACCUGCACAACUCGCACGGCAUGGAUAUAGUGCUUGAUAACAAUGCAAUCCAGUACCGGGUGCUGGGCGGAACCGCCGACUUUUACUUCUUCAAUGGGCCGACGGCACUUGAUGUCAUUGACCAGUACACCGAUCUAGUUGGUCGUCCAGGCCGCAUUCCGUACUGGGCACUGGGAUUCCACAAUUGCCACUAUGGGUAUGCAAAUGUCUGGGAAGUAGAAGAGGUUGUGGCCAAUUACUCCAAGGCCAAUAUUCCGCUCGAAUCGCAGUGGGCAGAUAUUGACUACAAAGACAGAUUCCUCGAGUUCACCUUCAGCCCCACAAACUUCCCGCUCAGUGAGAUGCAGCGGUUUAUUGGGCAGCUCCAUGGAAAUAACCAGAAAAUGGUGCUCAUCACCCACCCAUCGGUUCAUCGCAAUUCUUCUUAUGGACCCUAUGCGCGCGGCAAGGCACAGGAUGUAUUCAUCAAGAACCCCGAUGGGUCGGACUAUGUUAGCCAAGCUUGGCCGGGGUAUGUCCUGUUCCCCGACUGGUUCUCCGCUAAUGCCAAUGACUGGUGGGCAGGCGAGAUCGCACGCUUCCUUGAUCAGCUUCCACUGGAUGGCCUCUGGUUAGAUAUGAACGAAGCGUCUGCCUUUUGCACUGGUAGCUGUGGCUCUGGUAUCCCUGAGGAGGUGAUCCCACCAUUCCCCUUUGACCUUGACCCUCCUCCUCCUCACCGCCCGCUCAACACCAGCAAUACACUUUUGGUGCCGCCAUACGCAAUUCACAACCGUGAGAUUGAGCUUUCGGAUGUGACCAUCGAGACAACAGCUGUUCACGCCAACGGCGCGACCGAGUACAGCACGCACAACCUCUUCAGCUACAUGCAUGCCAAGGCUUCACACAAUGCCCUGCUGAAGUACCGGCCCAACCAGCGCCCAUUCCUGCUCAGUCCUGGAACAAGGCCUGGUUCGGGCGCCUUUACUGGCCACUGGACUGGUGAUAAUGCGGCUACCUUUAAGGACUUGCAUAUCACUAUUGCGUCUAUGCUCGACUUUGGCAUAUUUGGUAUCCCGAUGAUCGGCUCCGAUAUCUGCGGCUUCUCUGGAGAUACCACCGAGGAGCUGUGUGCGCGUUGGGCCGAGGGUCGUUGCCACACGAAUUAUAUCGCUGGGAGUCCGUGGCCGAGGCUAGCCGUCGUGCCCUGGGCAUCCGGAUACACUCUGCUGCCGUACUUCUACACUGCAAACCAAUAUGCUGUCGAGAAGGGCUGGCCGAUUGCCCGUCCCCUUGUGUUUGAGUUCCCAAGCGCCUCGCAGACUGUCGGCAUCGACACGCAGUUCCUUAUUGGUGACGGCGUUCUGAUUUCCCCGGUCCUAACUGAGGGCGCCACCACUGUUGACGCCUUCUUCCCUGCUGGUGUCUGGUACGACUGGUACAACUACAAGGCCAUCUGGGCGUCCAGCAAUGUUGUGAAGCUUGAUGCCCCACUUGAGCACGUCAACGUGCACAUUCGCGGCGGCAAGAUCAUCCCGGCCCAGGUUCCAGCCAUGACCACGGCUGAGUCGCGCAAGGGUUCGGCUGAGGGCAAGCUGUACUGGGACGAUGGUGAGACCCUGAGCACCGCACACAGGUGGGUCAGCUUUGCCUAUCAUGACUACAACCUGGCCAUUAGCUCGACUAGUGGCAGCUACACGGUGUCACCUCCCCUGACCAAGAUUGUCCUGCUGGGUGUUGGCGGUGUCACGUCUGUCAAGGCCAACGGAGUUUCGGUUAAGGCUAAAUUCACUACACAGAACAACAGCACAGUCAUCGAGGGGCUGAAAAUCAGCCUCAGUGCCAACACCAAGAUCAGGUUUGCUUAAAUACGUGUCUCAAAUAAUUACAUUCCGUCACGCUUGCUAUCCUGAUGCUGUAAAAGCUGCUACACAUGGCAAACCGAUUGCCUUCAAUCUUACAAACAUCAUAACUAUGCCGGUGUAAAUCGCAAUAAUAAGAAAACAACGCGUG